GGUACUAGAACGCAUUUUUUCCCAUGUGUCGCGCGCUUUCACGUUUCCGAACGUUAAUACCGGUGCAUUUUGUUUCUUCGUAGUAUUUUUUCAUCUGGAAGAUACAAUAUUAAAAGUGCAAACAUGGGUGUGACAGUUUUGCAGCAAUUUCCGAUGACAGAAAACAGAACGGGACCGCAGACAAUAGAGUUUUUGACAAAAAGGAUAGUCGCACUUGGAGCCGUACAAUCUGGACAAUUCCUCGUCGAUUGUGAAACUUACAUGUCUGUACCACAGUUGGGUGUUCAAAGAACCGUUCAUGUGCUACACAACUCGGAACAACCAGCCUCUGUUUUCGCACUUCUCGAAUCCGGUAAUAAGAUAGUACCAUUGAUAGCAGAUAGUCUCUUCGAUCUUCUCAUGAUGAAAAUGACGAGCAUCUAUACAAGCAAAAAACAAACCAAAAUCGAAUCGAAAGGCCCGCGUUUCGAGAUUGGAGAUUUUUGCGUUAAACUCGGUAGCGUCACCAUGAGCCAAAACUUCAAAGGCAUCCUCGUCGAAGUCGAGUAUAGACCCUGUGUCAUUCCGGGAAGUGCAUGGGAACUUAUACGAGAGUUUCUUCAAGGAUUUCUUGGCUCCGCUGUAUCAAAUCAAGCUCCUCAAUAUUUGCAGAAUCGAAUGAACGAUAUUUAUCAACCGAUGGAUACAAUACAACAAUACUUGGAACAUUUUGGACAAUACAGAAAAGCAACCGGAGUAAUUUAAGUAUUUUUUUUACUCAAGAUCGAUAAACAAUUAAAAGAUAUUAUGAUUUUAGAAUUCUAUUUAUCAAGAUUUGUAUUUCAAAGAUAAUUAAUUCUUAUUAUUUUUCCAAUAUUAAUGUAUUGAAAAUAGAUGAAUAUAAUAUAUAGUAAUAUUGAAUAAUUUAUAAAUAUGAUUGAAAAAAGAAUGCUUUUGUGCGUUCUACUAAAAUUUUGGGCGCAUUUAAAAACAUGCCCGUUAAUCAUAAAAAAUGUAUAUAUAUAAAUCCUACGUAGAAAUUAAAUAUAUACUCAAGUAUGUAUACUCAAUCGAUAAUCUUUUAAUUCCUACGUUAUAAACGGUCAGUAAAGUCGAGAGUAACAUACUUACCUACAGUCGAUAAUUCUAGAAAUGAUCUAAUCAAUAUCAUUAACUAUUUUAACCAUAGAUUUUAACCCAUUACCCGCCAAUGGCCUUUUUGAGACGCAUUUUCUCUCUCAAAUUUUUUUUUUAUUAAUAACUGCAACUUCAGAAUGAAAUAUAUUCGUUAAAAUCAUGAUAUCGUACCUCGCGCUUCAUGAAAAUAUUAAAAAUUCUCACUAUUUUAUUUUAA